AUGUUCGUAAGCAUAUCCCUACUGAGCUGGCCAAGCAAAGCUGUUCUGGGCGAAGUCGACAAGGGUGGAUGGGAGGGUUCGCAGCUUAACGGGCCAGACUUCAUCCAGACGAAGCUUGCGAAUCGUUUGGUCCUACCUCCCCGUGUAUACUUUAGGGAUAUCGUUCGCAAGAUUAUGCUUGAAGAUAAUCCGGGAGGUUUUGAUGCUUAUUAUCCUGGGAAGCACAAUGCCUGGUCACCUUGCUCUGGGUAUGGGGAGAUUGGACUUCCCGCAUACGCAUUCAAGGACAAGUGGCCGGAUGAGCUCCUGUUCAUGGAGGUCAUUUGGAAUGCUGCUUGCAUUGCCACUGCUCUUGCGCACCUCUACCUUGAUUUUAUUGAGCGUUAUGGCGGUACGUGCAUUCAUCUUUCUCUUCGUUCGGCUCGCGCCUUCCCUGCAUACGCCUUGAACACUGAAAGCCCCAAAAGCUUCACUCUUCUUCCUCAAGAACUGAACCGCCUUGAAACGUCCAGCAUCGUCGAUAAACGUGACCCAGUAGGGGUACCCGUUGCGGGUGGGAGGGAGGAGACCUUUGAGAUCGCUAUGGAUGAGAUCGAGAGGAUAGGCAAGGCUCGCAGAUAG